AGUUAAUCCUAUGCACGCACAACAGGGGGUGCCAUGGAGACAACAGAAUCCAGGGCUGGGUCAAACGUGUAGCUAUUUUCUGCCAGUGUUGGUUUACAGACGGUGAUUUGGAGAGAACUGAAGAUGUUGCUGUGGAUCGUUCUUGUUCUGGAUUUGGGGGUUUCUGCCGUGACGCUGCCAAAAAUCACGGAUGAGAACUUCAUCGCCGAGUGUGUGGAGGAGCACAACAAAGCCCGCUCAGCUGUCAGUCCACCUGCAAACAACAUGCUGUACAUGUCGUGGGAUGAGGCGUUGGCCAUUACUGCCAGAGCCUGGGCAAAACAAUGUAAUUUUAUCCACAACAUCCACCUCAGGGAGGUUGGCCGCAUGCACCCCACGUUUACCUCCGUGGGAGAGAACAUCUGGACGGGCUAUCCACCGAAUACGUUCAGUGUAAAAACUGCCAUUCAAAUGUGGGUGGAUGAAGUCAAGGAUUACAGCUACAAGGAAAACAGAUGUACAGCUGUUUGUGGCCACUACACACAGGUUGUGUGGGCUCAAAGCUACAAGGUUGGCUGCGCUGUUGUGCACUGUCCACACGGUAUCAAAAACUUUAAAAGCCCUCCGGGUGCAAUUUUUGUAUGCAACUAUGCCCCAGGUGGAAAUUUCAUCGGAGAACAGCCUUAUGCAACUACUGGGAAGCCAUGCUCUGGAUGCAAAGGCGAAUGUAAAAACAAACUGUGUCGUAGUCCAGAACGAGAUUCCAGAAAAAGCUACAACUGGGCUCCGGACUGGGACACUCCUUCACUUGAGAGCAGCGCUGCACCUUGCAACUCUUUUUUGGAUAUCCUGAUUGUGCGGCCCAUCGCCCUCAUCUUGACAUGCAUUGCUGCAUAUGCAGUCCAUUACUUUUACCCCAAUCUCUUCUGCUAUGAGUAGAGUUAUUGGUCUGAAGGGGAAAAAAAACUAAACCAAACAAAACAAUGUAAUUCUAAAUACUAAAGGACAUUCCAGUGGGUAAGAGUUUGCCAUAGACCAGUGAUCAAGGGUAAAAGUCCUGCAACUUUUUUUCUUAAGUUUUGUUUUUUGUUCUCAGUCUUUGAGAGUGGUUAGACAGUAGAUUAGGUAAUGAAAAUGGGGGAAGACAUGUGCCAAAGGUCAUCAGGCUGGGACUCAAACCUGUGACGUUUACUUCAAGGACUUAGUUCUCUAUAUGUGGGUUGUGCUAUGCCAACAGCAAAAGCACAACCUGCAACUUUUAGAUGUCCCUUGUCUUACACACUUGAAUUAAAUGGUGAAACUGCUUCACUAUCAUACAGUCCAGCACUACAUUAGCUAAUGAGCUGAUGUUGGAGCCAGAUGUGCUGAAGUAGAGAGACAUCCAAAGUUGCAGGACACGAACUCUUGUCGACUAUCCUAGACCUUGGUAACUGUCAGCUUCUGGUGAAAAUAGUGUAAUGUGUAGUGUAACACGGAUGACAAAAGAACAAUGUAACCGUAUUCAUAUAAUAAAAAAACCUUUAAUUUUA